AUGUCACAUCACAGGAGCGACCGGAGCCGAGACGAGUCAGAUGAGACAAGCAUACCGUUAUCCGCGGCCCCUGUGCUGCAGUUGCCCCCUAGAGGCUCGCUGGAAGUGCCCCGAGUCGAGGGGUGGACGCCUGCGGCCACGAGUGCCAACCCUAGCCGAGCUGGAAGUAUAUUGAUACCAGCAGGCAGGGAGAUCGCUGGAGGUCUCCGCGGGCUGCCCGCUGGCGAGGAUGAGGAUGAGGCACUGCGCCGGGCGAAGGACAGGACUGGUGCGAGGACUAGCGAUCUGAAGAAGUCCCUCGCCGACCUGGCCAACGUCUCGACCGGCACCACGCGGCGUCUCGACGACACCUACUACGGCGUUCUGGAGAAGCUCAGCUCCCUGCAGAACACCGUUGCCGCCCUGAAGGAGCUCGCGUCGGCCUCGGCCUCCAUGAACGAGGGGUUCACGGCCGAAUCAGAGUCCGUCCUCGCGGAAGCACAGGCCCAGCUCGAUGCCUUUGGGCAGUUCGACGAGCAGCAAGCACGCGUGCAGGCCCUGCAGGACCGCGUCCACGGCGGGCGGGAGCGCAUCGGCGCGCUGAGCGAGAGGGUGGACAUUGUCAGGCAGAAGGUGGAGCGCUGGGAGCGUGCGGACUACAUGUGGCAGAACAAGACACGGAGGAGGAUCAAGAUCGUGUGGGGGAUGCUGCUAGGCUUUGUCCUCCUACUGCUGCUGUUGUAUGCUGGGGCGAAGGCCUACGCGCCCGAGCUCGAGGAACUUGCCGCGGACCUGAAGGAGGAUGCCAUGCUGGCGAAGCUGAAGCUGGAGUCCGGGGGUCAGGGACCUUUUGCCAGCCACGACGAAGAGUGGAGUAUUGCUCUCAAUUUCAGCAGAGACAAGGCGGCUGAGGGAGGGGAGGAGGCGUUGAGGGCUCUGGACGAGCUGUAG